UAUAACGAAGUGAAUAAAUUGAUCAGUGACACUGACAGAGCAAUGGCAUCUGAUUUAACUCCCGAAGAGCUAAAAAUUGCAGAAGAAAAUCUUCUCCAAGCGGCAUUUGAAUCGAUUGGUACUAGGAAACGUCGCCAAGACGCAAGCUCCAUUGCCGAUUUGCCUGUGGUGGAAUGUGAAUCAUUGGAAGGCUCAAGUGGGAAGAAGAAGAAGAAGAAGGAACGGACCACCAAAAAAGAUCAAGAAUUUAUUGCCAAAGUGGCCGUAUGCGAAGAAGUUCGUAGCUACCCGCAAUUAUAUCAAAUAUCCCAUAAGCAAUACCACGAUAAAGAAGUAAAAGAUGCAGUUUGGAAAUUGGUUAGCGAAGGUGUUACUAAUAGGAUCGGGUCGCCAGUUACUGUUACUGAAUGCAAGAAGUUUUGGACCGCAUUGAAAGAGUCCACGCGGAUCUAUGUUGAUAAGAAUAAGGUGGCAAAAAUUCGUGAAAAAUCCGGCGCUCCAUCCGAUUUACUUGAUCUCUACCAAAGUGAUGGAUCACAGAAGUUCGAUGUUUAUGAAAGCCGUUGGCCGUUUGCCGAUCAUAUGGCAUUUUUUCUCCCAGCUUGUGCACGUACUGCCUUCACUGUGUCAAUUGGAAAUUCAAACUCUGAAACGAAUUUGAAGGACCCAACAAAUCAAUCGGAUGGAACUUUUGUAUACGAAGAGGUCGAAUUUUUGAAUACUGAAGACGGUUCACAAAGUGCGGCUCAGCCAAGCUCGACCGCAACAAGUUUUUUCACGCCUGUUAAAGGCCGUAGCAAUAAAUCGCAAAGAGACGUUGUUUACGACGAGACACUGAUUUCAGUUGCAUCAUCACUUAAUAAGUUGGUUGACUCACACAGUGUUGCUGAUAAGGGACUGAA